CGGCAGGGCCUGCUCCGCUCACGUGGGGAAGGGACCACAGCACCUUCUAUUCUCGCCCUUGGAGGCGUUUGGCUGCGGGCGGCGAACGGCCAUGGCGGGGCCGGUGUGCGGUGGCGGCGGAGGUGGCGCCAAGGCCCUGGACCUUCUGCGCUCUCUGCCGCGUGUCAGCCUGGCCAACCUGAAGCCCAACCCUGGCUCCAAGAGACCGGAAAGACAAAGAAGAGGUCGGAGAAGAGGUAGAAAAUGUGGCAGAGGACAUAAAGGAGAAAGACAGAGAGGAACCAGGCCUCGAUUAGGGUUUGAGGGAGGUCAAACUCCGUUUUAUCUUCGUAUCCCAAAGUAUGGAUUUAAUGAAGGACACAGCUUUAGGCGUCAAUACCAUCCUUUGAGUCUUAAUAGGCUACAGUACCUGAUCGAUUUAGGUCGAGUAGAUCCUACCCAACCUAUUGAUUUAACCCAGCUUGUCAAUGGAAGAGGCGUGACUAUUCAGCCAUUUAAAAGGGAUUAUGGUGUACAAUUGGUGGAGGAGGGUGCUGAUAUCUUUAAGGCUAAAAUUAAUAUUGAAGUACAAAUGGCUUCAGAGCUAGCCAUAGCUGCAAUCGAAAGAAAUGGUGGUGUUAUUACUACAGCAUUUUAUGAUCCAAGAAGCCUGGAGAUUCUCUGCAAACCUGUUCCAUUUUUUCUUCGUGGAAAACCUAUUCCCAAGAGAAUGCUCCCACCAGAAGAAUUGGUGCCAUACUACACUGAUGCUAGGAACCGUGGCUACCUGGCAGAUCCAGCCCAGUUUCCUGAAGCAAGACUUGAGCUAGCCAAGAAAUAUGGUUAUAUUUUACCUGAUAUCACUAAGGAUGAACUCUUCAAAAUGCUUAGUACUCGAAAGGAUCCAAGGCAGAUUUUCUUUGGUCUUGCUCCAGGUUGGGUAGUAAAUAUGGCCGAAAAGAAAAUCCUGAAGCCCACAGAUGAAAACCUCCUUAAAUACUAUAGCUCAUAAAUUUUAAGCUUAGAGGAAAAAAUAGUCUUAGGAAUACUAGAAAAAUGAUUCUAGAAUGCUCACAGUUUGUUGUUUCAUUUUCCUGUUUCACCAGACUUUAAAAUAUUCGGGGCUGGGUUUUGGCAUAAUGCAUUUUUCCUUUUUUUUUUUAAGAUUAAAUCAAAAUAAAAUAUCUAUGAAAAACUAUAUUGGACAAAACUUAAGUCUGUGCGACAUGAUGAAACAUACACAAGCCUUCUUUUGCAGAAUAGACUUUGGAGAUCAGACAUGUAUCCUGGAUGCUUUUAAACAGUCAGAAGAAAUUAUUUAGUCACGAAUUUUCUCGCAUGCCUUAUUUUGUCCUUUUCACCCCUGCAUAUCAGUGUGUGUAUAUGUCAAGUGUCAUUGACCCAUAGGUUGAUUUAGCAGAGGUUCAAGCACUUGAAAGGCAAAUAAGCCUCUGUUAGAUGUCUCUGAGAGAAAUUUCAGCUCUAGCAACUGAAGGUCAAAAUUUGAGAUUUUGUUUAGAAAAAUUCAGAUCAUUGUACUGAGUUGAUAUUCACUAGUAUGCACAGUAUUUAUCGAAAUAGUUUUUUUGUUUUGUUUUGUUUUGUUUUUU